UGUAUAUAGCUAUGUACAUCUAUAUUAAUCAAACGAUGUAUUUUGACUUGUGAUAUAUAUAAUAAGCAUAUCAUAUAUUUGUGAGCUAAAUGGCUGCUUAUAACAAUUUAAAAUUGUGAUCAAUAAUUAUUUUAGAAUUCUAACUUUUUAUUGGAAGAAUGUCUACUUCCACUACUACUUCUCAUAAGUUAUGUCCCUGGGGUAAAACAAAUAUUGAAAAAACUACUUUUUCUCAAGUCAUGGAUGAACAGUAUGCGCUUCAAUUGCAUUGUGACGAAGAAAAGCAGUCACCAAUUUUUCAAGAACUUUCUCUAGAAAAAAAAGAAAAUUUUCCAGUCAAGAGCAAUGACAAUGACACAGACAAUGAUCUUCUGUUAGCACAAAUUUUGCAGUUAGAGUUUGAUCGUGAAAAUGAUAUGUUCAUCAAAAGUAUUGAAAAACAAUACAAUGGAACAAGUAAAGUAUCAAUGUCAUUUAAAAAUUUUAAGUCUGUUCAUCCGUACGAAGAAGAAAAUGAUGAAUCUGAGAGUAGCUAUUCAGAAGAUGAGGAAAAAGAAGAAACACAAAGAAAUCCUGAUGGUGGCAUUAUUACUAAGCAUGAUAAGUUUACAUCAGAAAAAAAAAAUGCACAAAGCAUAGAACAAUUUCCUAUGAGUUUUAACUCAGGCGAUGUAGUCGGCAAGGAUAUUCGCAUACCUAACCAUGUGUACAAUAAAUUAAAAAUUCAUUCUGUCAAAGAAGAGCGUAAUGGUUUCCGAUUACAUGACAAAAAUGAGCAUUCAACACAUGAAAAAGCUUUAGAUGAAAAUACACGCCUGAUAAUAUACAAAAUGGUGAAUAAUGAAACUUUGGAGCGAUUUAAUGGUAUUAUAAGCACAGGCAAAGAGGCUGUCGUGUUUCAUGCAAAUGGUGGAAAAUUAGGUGAUGUUACCCUACCCUCAGAAUGUGCUCUAAAGGUUUUUAAAACUACAUUAAAUGAAUUCAAAACAAGACAAAAGUACAUUAAAGAUGACUAUCGUUUUAAAGACAGGUAUAUGAAACAAAAUCCAAGAAGAAUAAUUAAGUUAUGGGCUGAAAAAGAAUUUAGAAACUUAACUAGAAUGUUAGAAGCUGGUAUUAGCUGUCCGCGAGUAUUAGGCUUGCGCAAACAUAUUCUCAUUUUGGAGUUCAUUGGAAAAGAUCAACUACCAGCACCUAAAUUAAAAGACGCUUGCUUGAGUAAAACUGAAUUUGAAGAUGCUUAUUUGCAAGUUAUAAAUGCUAUGAGGGAUUUGUAUCAGAAAUGUGAACUCAUACAUGCUGAUCUUAGUGAAUACAAUAUACUUUGGCACGAUUCCAAAUGUUUUAUUAUAGACGUCAGUCAGUCGAUUGAACCAAUACAUCCUGACGCUUUUCAUUUUUUAUUGCGAGAUUGUCGAAAUAUCGUUCAAUUUUUCAGUAAGAGUGGAAUUGAUGUAAUGACGGAAGCGAAUUUGUUUCAAUAUGUCAGUGGAAAAGAUAUGAAUUUUAUUGAUAAGAUUGAAAAAGAGCACCAGCAAUUGUUUGAGAAAAAUCCAGACUUACUUGUUUAUGGCAUAGACUCAAAAAACUAUUCAUUUGAUCAUCAUUUUAAUCAAAUGAUUAACGAUGAAAAAGAAAGUAAAAUAAUCACCGAAAUAGACAGAGAAGGUAUCCAACUUGCCACCUAAUGUCGUGUUUUCGUUUUAUUAUUUUAAAGUAUUUAAAUUAUUACUAUAGAGAUUGUAUUUAAUUAAAAUGUUGAAAAAAAAAAAUAAGAAUUUUCGCA